GGCGAACAGAGCAAUGGUCCGCUUCAGCGCCGACGUGCUCGAGCUCUCGGACGACGAACAUGAGGAGGCUGUGGCCGAGCAGCAGCGUCGCGGCGCCACGAUACGCCAGGCCCGGCGCCCGUCCAGCGAGGUCCAGAGCUUGCGCGGGCCUGCGCCGAGCGCCCGCAAGAAGAUGCGUCGCGUGCCGCCUAAGCCCACGGACCGCAUCACGCGCCAGCAAGGGCCGGCGCCGGAGCCCGGGCCGCUGCGACCACAGCGUCAAGAAAAAAAGCGCUCGGACGAGGAAUAUGCUGCAUACCGCGCGCACAUUGAUGCGAAGACUGCGAACACGAAGAGACUGAACAAGAUCAAGAAACGCGAAAAUCGUAGCCUCUGGGCCGUGACGCCCGAGGAGCGCCCCGCGUUGCGCGAGUACCAGCGCACGUGGCCCUCGGUCGGCACGUACAUUUGCGAUUUGUUCCCGAACGUCACGUGGUCACACCCCGCCUCGGACGAGCACAUGUGCAGCAUCUGCUUUGAGUGCUACGAACCGAAGGAAGUCGUGGUACGCCUGCCGUGCGCGCACGUAUACCACCGCGCCUGCAUUCAAGGCUGGCUCCUCAACAAGGACAAAUGCCCGCUCUGCAUUCGCCCGGUCCUAACUUAUGAAUAG